AUGAUAGAGGAGUGUGACACCCCAUCAAAGCCUAGCGAGGAGGAGGAGCAGGAUCCACCAGUUGAAGGUGGAGAUGACGAUGACUCCUUCCAUUCCAUGAAAAAGAGAACUGGAGACAGGGGAACCUGGAAUAGGGCAGAAGAGAUUGGUGUUGGAAAAUGGAAAGGGAGGAAGACAGUGGUGCCGCCUAGUAGCGGUGGCGGCGACGAGCCUCGCGGUGGAGCAGAGGGUGGCGCAGGCAGGGGGCAGUGGUGCCGAGCGAGCGGGAAGCGGGGCGCAAGGUGGAGAGGAAGGGUCGCGACUGGAGUUGGUGGUGAUGUGUGCAGGCCGCCGGCGACAAUAGGGUCGCAGCGGUGGUUCGGUGGAGGCAGGGGUGUUGAGGGGGGAGUGAAGAGAGAGGAGGCGAAGGGAGAAAGGGAGGAGAAAAGAAGGUGGGUUGCGGCGGCAAGGUCGGCACCGAACGGAGGUGGAAGCGGCGAUUGCAGAGUUCAGGAGGGUGGCAAUGGAGGUUGGAGAGAGGGAGAGGGAACGUUGGGGAAGGAGGGGAGGAAUGAGGGACGUGGCUGCGCUAGGGUUCGCGUCCUGGGGUUAACAAAACGCAAAACGGUAGCGUUUUGCUGCACAGCUAAAAAACCGGCCGGGUUCCGGUUCGGUUCGACCGACCGGUAA